AUUUUUGAUAAUUAUUUUAUUGUUUUACUAUUUUUUUGUUAUUAGCUGAAUUAUGUCAAACUUUCUCGUGUAAACAAAUGACUAACCUCACGUCAGUGAUUAAGAUCAACAAUAACAAAAAUAAAAGUAAAUGAGUAAAUCAAUAAAUAUGGAAACUAACUCGACAAAUAUGUUGACGUCAUUAAAUUUGAUUAAAAAUGUUAAGUAUUUAACAUUAUGGGGAUUAUAUUCAAUUAAUUAUGAAAUUAAAUAAUCUACGGAUUUCUAACAACAGGUACCACCUUCGGCAUACUACGUCCCGAAUUUCAUAACUGAUAAUGAGGAAGAUGAAUUAAUGAAGCAUGUUAGUUCAUGUCCAUUGCCUAAAUGGACCCAAUUGAGCAAUAGGAGAUUACAAAAUUGGGGUGGAAUUCCACAUCAAAAGGGGAUGAUUGCUGAAGAAAUACCAAAAUGGUUGAAAAAAUACAUGGACAGAAUAUCAUCAUUAAAUAUUUUUAGUAAUGAUAAACUGCCGAACCACGUUCUAAUUAAUGAAUAUUUAAGUGGUCAAGGGAUAAUGGGACAUACUGAUGGACCACUUUUUCACCCUAUUGUCACAACGAUAAGUUGUGGAUCUCACACACUUCUUGAGUUUACAAAACGCUUAGACACAGAAGAAAAUCAAAGACAGUUGAAACCAGAAUUUUCGUUCCUGCUUGAACGAAGAAGUCUCUUAGUUCUUCAGGAUACAUUAUAUCACGACUAUUUACACUCAAUAAGUGAGUGCAAUUAUGAUACAAUUGAAUCAAGUUACAUACGCAAUUUAAAUUUAUGUUCAAUCAAGUAUGAAGAAAGUGAAAAACUUAAUCGUGAAACAAGAAUUUCAUUGACCAUACGUCAUGUGCCAAAAACAAGUAAACUAAAGCUUAAAUUUUAAUUUUAUACAUUAUUUAAUAU